GUGACGGGUUUGAUUUUGAUACACAACCAAACGAAGAAAUGGGAAGGUCUUACGCAAUAGUUUGCGCGAGUAAUCAGAACCGUAGCAUGGAAGCUCAUCAUGUGUUGGCCAAGUGCGGGUUUCAAGUGAGUUCGUAUGGGACUGGUUCGGCCGUGAGACUUCCAGGUCCUAGUAUCGAAAGACCAAACAUUUAUCCCUUUGGAACUCCCUAUGAUUACAUGUAUCAAGAUUUAUUUAAUAAAGAUCCCAAAUUGUACGGAGGUUCU